UUUAAAGUGUGUCGCCCGAUCGGGUUGCUCUGCAACCGUGACAUUAUUUCUCUACGAGUGAGUACAUCGCUUUUCACUGCGAGACCAGAAAAAGGUGCGGCAUCUUUAUUUUACGUCUUGGAAGAUUCGUAUCCUGAAGAACAUCCGAACAAUUUACGUCAUAAAAUAUAAACAAUAAAAUCCUGGAAAGAUGUCUUUUGUUGUUGAUAGUCCACAAGUUCAGUACUCGAGCCAGUUCAUCACGAGCCAGUACAAGUAUCAAACAAGUAGAGUAAAGAAACAAAAUGGAUUAUUAAAGGUAACACCGAUAGAAGAAGAGAUGGUUUUCAAAACUGAGCGCAAAGUCCCACGCCUUGGGUGUAUGUUAGUGGGAUGGGGAGGCAACAAUGGUUCCACUGUGACAGCGUCGAUCAUUGCCAAUAAACACAAUAUGUGUUGGCAUACAAAAGAAGGUGUCCGGCAUGCAGACUUCCUAGGAUCUAUCACCCAAGCAUCUACACUGAGCAUUGGAAUGAGCGAAGAAGGAAAAGAAGUGUAUAUCCCUUUCAAAGAUAUCUUACCAAUGGUUGAUCCUGUAGAUAUUGUGCUUGAUGGCUGGGAUAUUUCAGCCCACAACAUAGCAGAUGCCAUGGAACGUGCUAUGGUUCUGCCAUGGGAACUCCAGCAGAAAAUUAGGCCUUAUACCGAGAAUAUGAAGCCGCGUGCAUCGAUCUAUGACCCUGACUUCAUCGCAGCAAACCAGUUUGACCGAGCAGACAACUGUAUCAGUGGCACCAGGAGCGAGCAGCUACAGAAGAUCCGUGAAGAUAUUGUUGAUUUCAAAACAUCAAACAAUCUGGACAAGGUAAUCAUUCUGUGGACUGCAAACACUGAACGAUUCUGUGACGUUGAUGUUGGUCUCAAUGAUACUGCCGAGAAUCUCCUGAACUCCAUAGAGUCAGACAACUCAGAGGUGUCACCUUCCACUUUAUUCGCAGUUGCUAGUAUUCUAGAGGGGUGUGCAUACAUCAAUGGUUCUCCACAAAACACCUUGGUUCCGGGAGUCAUCGAUCUUGCUACUCAGAAGAAAGUAUUCCUUGCUGGCGAUGAUUUCAAGUCUGGACAGACGAAGAUCAAGUCUGUUCUCGUUGACUUCCUUGUCGGUGCUGGCAUCAAGCCUGUGUCCAUUGUCAGCUACAAUCACCUCGGCAACAAUGAUGGAAAGAACCUUUCAUCCCCAAAGCAGUUUAGAUCUAAAGAGAUUACAAAAAGCAAUGUUGUCGAUGACAUGGUGGAAUCAAAUCAAAUCUUGUAUGAAGAAGGAGAAAAACCUGAUCAUUGUGUUGUGAUAAAAUAUGUACCAUUUGUGGGUGACAGCAAGCGCGCCAUGGAUGAGUACACGUCAGAAAUUAUGAUGGGCGGCAAGAACACACUUGUUAUACAUAACACAUGCGAAGAUUCGCUUCUUGCAAGUCCUAUCAUCUUGGAUCUUAUCAUCCUAACCGAAAUAUGCCAGCGAAUUCAGAUCAAAACUUCAAAUGAUACAGAAAUGCAAAGCUUCCAUCCUGUGCUGUCAAUUCUCAGUUACCUGUGUAAAGCACCUCUUGUGCCAUCGGGUACUCCAGUUGUUAAUGCCCUCUUCAAACAAAGAGCUUGUAUCGAGAACAUCUUUAGAGCAUGUGUUGGGUUACCUCCAUUGAACCAUAUGACCCUAGAACAUAAGCUGAACCUUGCUGCGGUCCCCAGCCAGCUAAGCCAGGUACCAGCCAUGCCGGUUAACAAGAAACUCAAACUUGACAAGAAAUCAACAAAUGGUCAUACAAAUGGUUACACGAAUGGUUUCGCCAACGGCCACUCUGACGAGAUACUAGUAAACCACUAGUAUUUUCAUGCAGCUAUUUUUUAAGUACAGAAUCUUUUUAUUACACCAAGCCAGUGAACAUAAUUACGAAAAAAUGGAAUUGCCAUUUUUGAUGUUAAAAAAAAACUAUUUCACAUAUUGAUACAUUUCUCCUGAUUUGACUAAUGUUUCUUGAGCGAAUCAGCACAAGCAAUGUUAUGAUUACCAGUUGUAAGCUUUUUGUAUCAAAGUACUGUACAUGUGCUAGUAAAUAUGUAUAAAAUAGAGAACUGCUCGACCACACUGCCCCUUCCAAUUACCUUUUAGCACUUGUCCUUCGCCUCUGGCCAGGAGGAGUUUUUCAAGUUCCAAUUGAGGGCCCACCAUGAACAAGCCCAGGUGUCACAUUCCCUUCAAACCGUUAGAACUUCCAAAGUUUAAAAAUGAAUUCCAAAAAAAAAUAUGAUAAUUGUGCAAUUCCAAUGGAAUCCAAUAAGCUUUAAGUAACUAAUUAAAAAGAGGUCUUAAUGAAUUAAUGAUCAAUUGAUUCUUCUGUUAUAAAUUUUAUUAGUCGUGUUGGACACAACAAUUUUAUUUUGACCUAUUUAAAUUUUAGUAAUACAGUAGCUGUGGAAUUUUAAAAACAUUAUUUCCCAGAGGUUUUCCUCUCUCUUAAGUCACAAUAUUGUUUUAAGAAAAGAGGUUUGUAACUGCUAAUCUGGUGGUUUUUAAAAAGGGAAAGUGAAGUUACGCGAACUAUUAUUGUUAGUUAGAAUAUAUAUCUUUUAUAAUUUGUUUAAAAAUAAGUAUUAUAUAUUGUUAAGAGUGUGAUAUAACUCUCCAGAUUUGGGAGUUUUAAAAAUAUUGUUUAGUAGUUGCGUAAUUGUUUAAUGAUAUUGUAGUGCGAUUGGUCAGAUUUGUUGAUCGGCACGAUCUUGAAUGACAUUGACUCUAACCUAAGUCGACUAAUUGACAUGAUCUUGCGCACCAUUUUAAACUUUACUUGGUACAUAUACGUACAGUACACAUUUAAUUUAUUACGUUAUUGUGUGAUCCUUAAAGCUGUAAUGUAGCUCAAUGAAAUAAGCGAAUCGUAAAAUUAGAUUUUUUAGAACCAGUUUUGACAUAAUAUUUACUGAUAUGUCCGUGUUUAUAUAACGUAUAAAUUAUUAAUUUAUAUGCGAUUUUUAUGUUACAAAUGCGUUUUAUAGAAUCAAUUUCGAUUCUAAUUUGUCGGUACAUUCGGUGGCGGUUUAUGUUUUUUUUGGUUUUUUUUGUGAAGUCAGGAAAUAUCUGAAGAUACAUUAUUUUGGAUAUUAAAAUUAUUUCAUCUGACGAGAAUUUAAUUUAAAUGACUCAGCUAUGAAAUAAAGAGCAUCGUGAGCCUGAUAAA